AUGACGACUGCUGCCUCUCCAAAACAGGAAAGUAGAAGACAACACACACAAACACAAUGCUGCAAUGAAGAUCUGCUUCCUCGCACGCACACCCACAUAAACACACACACACAAUGCUGCAAUGAAGAUCUGCUUCCUCGCACGCACACUGCAGAACAACAUGCUGUUUUGCUCAGCAUCAUUUCUCACUUAGAGCAACAGCAACGGAAUACAUCCACACCACCACCACUCACGUAUGCUAUGUUUUCAUCAGAUGCAUACAAAGAUAUGCCAACUACAAAAGUAAUUGUGGAAGGGAAAGAAUUGACGUUUUUAGUAGACUCCGGGGCUACUCAUUCAGUAAUUAAAAAAAAACAUUUUCCAAAUCAAAAAAUGAGUGGACGGUAUGUAUAUUCUCAAGGGGCUUCAGGUUUGACUGUGACAGAAAAAUUUACUACACCUAUGACGAGUGUACACUCUGACGAGACUGACCUAAAACCUGACAUAAAAGUAAAACAUUCUUUUUUACUCUCUUCACUUUGUCCCGUAAAUCUGAUGGGCAGAGACUUGAUGUGUACCUAUGGUAUUUGUUUGACGUCAUCUCCAGACGGCCUUAAAGUGGUUAGGCGUAGAGCCGCACUCCAAAUGAUGCAAAAGGCUCCCUCUAAUCCUCUUUUUGUGUAUCAGUGGUGGAUCCCGAUCGAUGACGCUCGGAGGCUAAGCCAGGCUGGUGAAGCACGGGUUUCUCCUCAUGCAGACCGUAUGAACCCUGAACACCUGCAUUGCACGACAUAUGUGUCAGAGGGUCCAGACGACUCUUUUGAAGAGACAUAUUUUGAGACCCUCAAUGAUGCAAUUGCCUGUUCUACUUUGUACUGGUCAACUUGUAAAUCUGCUGUGUCUAUUUCUCUGUCUUCCACGCAGAAAGAGCUGUUUCAAGUUCCCGGCUCCUAUCCCCAUGUCUCACUGUCUAAAGGACGCCUUGACCAAUGGAGGGAUUUGGGACCAUUUGUGGCUCAGUGUGAAUCUCUCACUGACUGGGAGGAGACAAUCGAUCCGCUUGUUCUGCGCUCCGCAUCUACAGGGUUUCACAGAACUCACUGUGUACUUCUCACACCAGCUUGUCGAUCUGUCUAUGUGUUUUAUGAGCACAACGACAAAGUUGAAACAUUUUUAACAAAUCCCACAUCGAUUUCUCCCGCUCUUGCUUCUGUUCCACAGACACUCUGGGCGGCACACAAAUAUGACGUAGGCUUGAUCAACAACUGCCAACCGGUCGUCAUCACUCCACGUUCUGACUUCCGCCCCCACAAACACCAGUACCCCCUGCGACAAGAGGCCAUUGACGGUAUCACACCUGUAUUCAAUUCGCUCCUGGAGGCAGGAGUGAUAGUUCCAUGUCCAGACUCACCGGUCAGGACGCCAAUAUUUCCAGUAAAAAAAAUCAGAGAUGCUGGCAAGCCUACAGAAUGGCGUUUCGUGCAGGACCUAAAAGCAGUAAAUGCGGCUGUUCAUGCACGGGCACCAAAUGUUCCUAAUCCUUACACAAUCCUAGCUCAGAUUCCUCCUGAAGCUAAAUGGUUUUCUGUUGUUGACCUGUCAAAUGCCUUUUUCAGCGUGCCAGUCGACAAAGACAGUCAAUUUUGGUUUGCAUUCAACUUCAACGGUAAGCCAUACACCUUCACUCGUUUGUGUCAAGGCUAUACCGAAUCACCCACAAUCUACAAUGAUGCGCUCAGAGAAAGCUUGGAGAGCUUAACGCUCUCUCCCGGCUCUGCACUUCUGCAGUAUGUUGACGACUGUUUAAUUGCAGCUCCUACUCAGACGCAGUGUCAGACAGACACGCUUAAACUACUCAAACAUUUAGCGAAGGAAGGCCACAAGGCCAGCCUUUCUAAAUUGCAAUUUGUGUCUCAAAAUGUGCGUUUCCUAGGUCAUGACAUAUCUGGAGAAGGAAAAACCCUCUCCCCAAAAAGAAUUGCCGCGAUCGCAUCAAUACCGAAACCCAACACCAAAAAACAAAUGAUGUCCUUUUUGGGCAUGUGCUCAUACUGUCGAUCAUUUAUUCCAAACUACUCACAAAUGGAACAACCGUUAUCAAACCUAAUCCAUGGAAAAAAUCUUACAGCACACGACAAAAUAAUCUGGACUGAAGAGGGUCUUGCGGCCUUCACACAAAUGAAAUGUGCUUUGCAAACUCCUCCGACUCUUGGACUGCCGAAUCCGAAUAAGCCAUUUACUCAGACAGUAGAUGAAAGACAGGGCUGCAUGACUUCUGUGCUGCUACAACCCCAUGGUGAUAAACUCCGCCCGGUUGCGUAUUUCUCCGCAAAACUCGACCCUGUCGCUGCAGGACUGCCACAAUGUUUGCGCGCUGUGGCCGCGGCUGAAAGAGCGCUCACUGCCUCACGUGACAUAGUGGGUUACGCACCACUCACUCUGCUCGUUCCGCACGCGGUUUCUUUGAUUCUCCUCGAACAGAAAUCCUCUCACCUUUCUGCGGCUCGCUAUUUACGGUACCACACAUGUCUCCUCGACAUGCCGAAUGUCACAAUAAAACGUUGUACUAACCUUAACCCUGCAUCCUUACUUCCUAUUCCUGGGGAUGGGGAGGACCACAACUGUUUGGCUGAGCUCCAAGCUCAGUGCACUCCUCGUCCUGACCUAGUGGACACUCCACUAACUAACAGCGACAUGGUAAUGUAUGUGGAUGGAUCCGCCUCUCGCGAUCCUCAGUCUGGUGAAAAUUGUGUUGGUUUUGCUGUUGUUUCUGACUCUGGUGUGCUGUGUUCAGGUCCUCUGCCAUGUCACCUCUCAGCCCAGGCAGCUGAGCUCAUCGCUCUGACCGAAGCCUGUAAACUGGCUAAGGGUAAAACAGUCACAGUUCACACUGACUCUCGCUAUGCGUUUGGUGUAGUACAUGAUUUUGGGGCACUGUGGAGACACAGGAAUUUCCUUAAAUCGGACGGUAAGCCCAUCCUACAUCACACUCUCAUUGCUGAACUGUUGGAAUCCAUCUUGCUACCCACAGCUAUUGCUGUCUGUAAAUGUGCAGCCCACACGUCUAAUACAGAUGAUGUAUCACGGGGAAAUGCUCGAGCAGACUCGGCUGCAAAAGCUGCUGCUCUGCGCUCGCUCCCAGCUUCCGCUGUUUUCAUGUGCUCUGAGGUGUCAGUUCCCUCCUCUCUUACAGCGAUGCAGUCACUCUCCACCCCUGAUGAAAGACGGCUUUGGUCCAUAUCUGGCUGUAUUUACACCAACGGCCUCUGGACUGGACCCGAGGGCAAGCCGUGUUUACCUAGACAUUAUUUUGCCCAUUAUGCUAAGUUGACUCAUGGGUUAGACCAUGUGUCAAAAGGUGGAAUGUUACGUGCACUUAAUGAGACGUGGUUUACAAAAGGGUUCACAGCAUAUGCACAAAAAUUUUGUUCUGCAUGUGUCACCUGUUCUACUCACAAUGUAGGCAGGCCCGUGGGCGUGUCCAGCCAGGCUGCACACCCACCACCAACCCGCCCUUUUGAGCACAUUAUGAUGGAUUUUGUGGAGUUAUCUCCAUCUGAAGGUUGCAGCCGCCCUCCCGAAACCAGCUGAAGGACCACUCCACAAACUGAAACCUGGUGACUUUGUGGUGGUGAAAGACUUCAGAAGAAAGAACUGGAAAGCACGACGCUGGCAGGGACCGUUCCAGAUUCUCCUUGUCACCCAAACAGCUGUCAAAGUAGCUGAAAGGGCAACUUGGAUCCACGCAUCCCAUUGCAAGAAGGUUCCAGAUCCAGUACCAGCAGUGGGCUCAAGCGACCCUACCCCCACAACAAGUGUCAAUCAACCGACACCACCGUUGCAGUGACCACGGACGGGUUCACAACGGGCAGUUGACCGACAGACACACAGUGCAUUGUGAUCUGUGUUGACUGUCUACAACGCGGAUGCCUCACAAGAAAGAAGGUUGGCAGACUCCACAUACCAACGUGCACCUACGGACCAACACAAGAAGAAGAACACGACCAGGACCCCUCCACAUAGACACAGUAGUCGUUUGUGUCAUUACGGUUUCAUUCAUAUUAUUGCUUGCUUCAGUUUCAUUGUAUCUUAGCAUCUUUUUGUGAUUUGUAAUCAGCUAUCUAAAGAGUGGUUCUCCCUUAUCAUGGAACGGCAACGGCCAUGGAGCCCCCUUAGACGACUGGGGGGAACUCGUGUAACCAUGUGUUUAUUUGCAAGUGUCACUUUGUUUGUGUUAAUUCCAUAUUCUGGACAUGACUCUGACAAUGACCCCAACAGUGACUCUGACUCCCUGGUCGACCUCAACACUUACGACCUCGAUACAUACGCAUAGUGACAUUUUUAUAUUCUCAUGUUUCUGUGUUCAUUCCUUUUGUUUCAUAUUUGCUUGCUAAACGACCUGAGACUUGGUCUCACAAAAACAUAUUUUUGCAAUAUUAUGUGUGAUUAAAGAAUAAUCAAAAGAGUGGAAUGUAAUGGUAAAAUAUGUUAUAACAUAAUCUUAUGCCAAAAGAUUGAUUAUUGUCUGUAAUGAAGCAAUGUGAGAAGAAAAGGGAGACCCAAAAGUUGCCUUUUGCAGCUAUGUGAAGGAGGAUAGUCAAACUGGCCUUCACCCGAAUGCUCGAACAAAGGAACCCUGUUACUCCCAUCUUUGCCUUGAUUCUUUUCCUGCUUGAUUUGUAACUUUUCAUUUGUGUUAUCUCACAGGUGGUUUAGAGUUUCAGGCUUUAGUAGCUCUCGUGUCUGCAUACCACUAGAAAUGACCUUCAUGUGUGUGUAUAAGAACUCAGCAUUUUCACUGCUCGGAGACGCCAUCUCCACAGAGCACCGUGAUACGUGCCUGUGUAGUUGACCUCCUGCUUGCAAGCAAUAAAUGGACUUUCUGCAACUUUGA